AUGACUCCAUGCAGUCCUCAAUACUCUGCUUUUCGCCUUCGAGGGCCAUCAAACCAACAUAACUUUCGAGUUCACCGCUUAAUCAACAGGAAGAGGAAAACAGCAAAAGAACCAAAAGGGGCAGAGAUAGGAGGGGCAAAGGUAGAGAUGGAAAUCAAGAACCUGAAGCUAUACAUGGAGAACCAGAGCAUUAUAGAAGAGAACAACAAGCUGAGGAGAAAAGCACUUCUUCUUGUCCAAGAGAACCAAGCCUUGUUUUCACAGCUCCAAGAGAAGAAGCUCUCUCCCAACAAAUGA